AUGUCAAAGAAGAAUUCAAUUUUUGAAUUUAAGGAUGACAUCAAUGGAAGAGUGCCAGUUGUAUUCUAAUGGAGUUUUGAUUUCAAUUUCUUGGUUUGUGGAGGAGAGAAAUCUCUAGUUUACGUGAUUGAUAAGUAAAUAUCAUAAUCAAAUUAGACGAGGGAAGCGUCUAAAGGAUAUUCAAUUGCCAACAAAUAAUAAAUUAUUACAAUUGGAAUGGGACAAAGAUGGUGAAUACAUUUGCAUUGUGCAGGUAUAACACAAUAAAAAUUAAAAAAAGGAUGGUCUCAAUUAUGUUAAUUUAUGGGCUCCAUUUACAAACAAUUCUCAACUGCUUCAAAUAGAGUUAGAUAAUGCGAAAGCAAAAGUGUCAUAUGCUAAGUGGUCUAGAAGUCAUGGGAUAUUGGCAAUAGGAUCAGAUAAGGGUGGUUUAUUGUUCUAUACAAAAAAAUAAGCAAAGAAAUUACCUACAAUGGGAAAGCACAGCAAGAAAAUUAUUAGUGGGGAUUGGAAUAACGAGGGAUAUUUAAGUAUGCAGUUACAAAAGUAUUAAUCUAGUUACAAGUGGAGAAGACAAAUUCUUAACAGUUUCAAAUUACAAUUCAGAAACUAUGUUUGAAUCUAUUCCUGUGAAAGCUGAAGCCAAAAACGUAGUUUGGUCUAGAUCUAAGACAGAUUCAAGGGAAUAGAAUUAAAGAACAGUCACAGCUAUCAUUCAAUAAAAAACUAUUAUAAUGUUUGAGUUGGGCAAGAAUCAUAAAAUGCCUGAUGAGUUAAUGUUUGAAAAUAAAUAUGGGAAAAUAGUAGAUUAUACAAUCUUUGGAGAUGGAUAUUUGGUCAUUGGAUUUAGUGAAGGAUACGUUGCACAUAUCUCUACACAUAGAAAAGAAAUUAGUAAAAUUUAUAUCUAUAUCAUUAGAGGAUGAAGUACAAAGUGAGAAACUAUUGAAGUAAGUGGAUGCAAUAUGUACAAAUGACAGUCUCUAUAAAUUGGCUGUGGCAGGAGAUGGUUGUAUCAAAAUGGUUAACUUACAAACUUGGUAAGAAAUACCCACAGAAAAAAUUGAUUUGCCAAAUGAUUGCGGUCGUGUAUCAAAAAUGUAAUAUUUAUAUUGAAAUUCAGGGUUUGGAGUUCAAAUGGAUAAAUCUUGGUUGUGUCUACUGAAAAAGGGUGCUUAUUUGGAUUCCAAACUUCAAUACCAACCCUAACAUCUUCUUAUUCAUCAAUGAUUGCCUUGCAAUAAUCAUUCACAGAAAUCUCUAUCUAUUCAACUCAGGAGUAAUCAUUAAAUGAAAUUUCUACUGUCUCUUUGGAGAAUGAGCCAAAUUAGAUUUCAAUGAGUAUGCAAUACUUUGCUGCUGGGCUCAAUAAUAUGGUUUUCUAUUAUAAAUAUCUGGAAUUAAAAAAUAAAAAGGCAUUCAAACCAGCUCUUCAAGUUCUGAAGAUGGAUUAUUUAGGAUAUGUCAAUCAGAUCUUUUUGAAUGAUGAAUCUGCGGCCAUCUUAAGCAAUAAUGUUUGCACUUUUCAUAAAAUUGAGUAAACAGGCGAUUAUCUUAAAUAGUAAUCUAUUCCAUUUAACAUAGAUAAUUCCCUGAUAAUGAUUAAGAAAAACCUAUCUUACACAUUGGGUUAACCAAAAAUUUUCUAUUUUUAUUAGAUUCCUAAUCCAAAAUCAGAGUCUAUAAUGUUAUUGAAAAAUAAUUCAUUAUCGAAUUCAAAAAUGACUAUAAUCUCACCAAAAUCUUUCCAAAUAUUAGUGGAACAAGAUCAAUUUGCAUUAAUAAUAAGGGUUAAGGCUUUCUAUUUGAAGCAUCCCUUGAAUUAUUGACUAAAAUCUCUGAGUUCCCAGAGAAAACAGAAAAAAUCAUUUGGGAUCAAAAGGACCCCAAUCUGUUUGUAACAUAAGAAGCUAUUCAUCUUACUACCUACAUAGUUAAUAAAAAUAAUUUAUAAUAAGAAAUGGUGCAUCCAGUUUUGGAAUAUUUAUCUAUGGAAGACUUACAAAAGACAGCUCCUCCAAAUCCAUCAACCACUGAAAUUGAUAAAGGAGUUUAAGCCCUAAGUUUAGCAAAUGGAACAUUAAAAUGUUUUACCAUGACAAGAAACGUUAUGGGUUAACCAUUAAUGAGCCAUUCUUAUUUGAAGUCAUACAAAGGAGCAGACGAUACAAAUGAAGGUCAUUUUAGAUACUUUUUAUAAAACUUAGCCCUCUUUAAAUUUGCCAAUGCUCACAAGGCAGCUUUGAAUUUAAAGAAUCUAAAAUUAUUUGAUACUUUCGGUAGAAAGUGCUUGGAGAAUCUAGAAUUUGAUGUUGCCUAAAAAGCAUUCCAAGCAGCCAACAAUAUCUCUAUGGUUAUGAUGAUACAAAGCUUCAAAAAUGAAACUGAAAAGAAUUUAUUGUUUGCAUAUGUAGCCAUGAUUUUGGGAUAACACGAUCUGGCCUAAGAUUUAUUCUUAAAAUCAUCAUAUAGACUCGGAGCUCUAGAAUUGAGAAGCGAUAUCUAAGACUAUGUGAAUGCCUUGUCAUUGGCUAAGAAGAUAGCACCAGAAUAGGAGCCAUUCAUUUGCAAAAGACUUGCCAUCUAAAUUGAAACUUAGGGCAACAAUCCAGAGGCAGUCAAAAUGUAUGAGAUGGCUAUUUUGAAUGAGAAACUUCAUGAUUCCAAGACCGUUGAGACUCAUAAUCAACAAUGCGUUGCUGGUAUUGCUCGUUGUUCAAUCAAGAUGGGUGAUAUUCUAAGAGGAUCAAGUCUUUCAAGACAAAUAUCAGAUCCUUUAAUUCUUCAAGAUAUUGCUUUGGUGUGCGAAAAUAUGAAAUUCUAAGUUGAAGCUGCUGAACUUUAUGAAUAAGCAGGUUGUAUUGAGAAGGCAGCCACCAUAUAUAUCACAUAAAAGAUGUUCAAAUAGGCUGCACCUUUAAUGAAUAAAGUGAAAUCACCCAAAUUGUUAGUUUUAUAUGCAAAGGCAAAAGAAAGCGAAGGAGCCUUCCAAGAAGCUGAAAAUGUUUACGAGAAAGCUGAAGAUUGGGAAAAUGUGGUUCGCUUAAAUUUAAAUUAAUUAAACAACAUUGAAAGAGCAAAGUUCAUAUUGCGUAAUAAAUGCAAGACAGUGACUCUUGCAUUAAUGGUAGCUUAGUAUUGUGAAAGAAGAGGAUCUAAGGCAGAGGCAGUUGAAUUCUUGAUAUUGGCUGAAAAGAAAGAGUAAGCAUUUGCCUUGGCUCAAAACUUUAAUGAAAUGGAUGCCUACGUAGAACACAUGAAGGCAUUCUCAUUGGAAGAACGUUUGUAAGUGGCCUCGUAUUUUGAAGGCAAAGGUUAAUUAGAUAAGGCUGCAUUUCAUUUUGAGAAGGCCUAGGAUCCCAUGAAAGCUCUCAGAUUGUAUUAGCAAGCAGGAGAGGAAUUCAUUAAUGAUAUGAUAGAUUUGGUAGCACGUAAUAAAUAGGAUAGUCUAAUUUAAAAUCUAUCAGAUUACAUUAAUGGAGAUACUGAUGACAUUCCCAAGGAUCCCAUCUACUCUUUGAAAUUAUAAAAAGCUAUAGGUAAUCUCUAGGCAGUCGGAAGGAUUGCAAUUACUAUUGCAGCUUCAGAAUAGGAAUGUGGUAAAUACAAGGAGGCUCAUCAAUUUCUAUAUGAAACUUGUGAUGAUUUGAAAUCGAGUGGAAAUUAGAUACCAUUUGAUUUAUAUUCAAAGUUAAUGACCCUGCAUUCAUACACUCUAGUUAAAAAGAUUAUGAAAUUAGAAGAACAUGAAGAUUUGGCCAAACUGUUGGAUAGAGUAUGCAAAAGUAUUAGUUAAUUCCCUAAUGGCGCAACCAAUAUCCUAACUAUGGCCGUAAUUGAAGCCACAAAAGCUAAUUUUAAGUAUAUAAUAGUAUGAUUUAAUAACAGGUCAUUAGCAUAUCAAUGGGCAAUUACAUUGAUGAAACAAGAGUAUAGAUCUCAAAUCAAUGAGAAAUUUAAAACUAAAAUUGAAAACAUAGCAAGAAAACCCAUAAAAGAGGAAGUCCCAGAUAAAAAAACACCUUGCCCAUUUUGUGGAGUAUAAAUACAUUAUGAUUAAUAGGAAUUUGUCUCUGAAUUUUGCUUAGAUUGUCCCAAAUGUUCAAACAAUAUUCCCUUUUGCAUUGCAUCAGCAAAGUAAUUUCUUAGAUGAUCACUUUUAGACAUAUAGUGGCUGAGUAAUGCUGUUUCUGUCCUGAAUGCAAGUUCCCUGCCAAUAUCUAAUACUUAAGAAGAAUCCUUGAAAUUGAGCCGAUCUGUCCACUUUGCCAAAAGCAAGUAAGACCUCAAGAAUUAAAGGAAGUAUGCAUUUUUAUUGAUAUAAUAGGUUACAAAAGAGGAAGUCCUCAAGUUAAAGAGGAAGGCUGUAGUCGAUGAAAAAAAAUAAUGA